AUGUUAUCACAACGAGAGUACGAAAAGCUUAAAUGGCAAUUAAAGAAUAUUCCAUCAACAAUUAAAGGACGUCCACGACAAAAUCUUCGAACAGCACUCCGAAAAAAAAUACACGAACAUGAAUUAGCAUCAACAUAUCCAACAUUUACACCAUCCAAUUUCCAACAAUUUUUUAUAAAUUUUCAAACAACUGAUUUAACACUUCUUCAUCUUAUUGAAGCUUGUGCAGCUUCAACAAAUUUUAUUUUGGAUACAGAAUCAGUUGGUAUUUAUCAAGGUCCAAACAAACCCGCACUUAUUCAGAUUCAAAUCAUAUUACCAACUUCGAUUUCUUAUGUAUUGAUCAUUGAAGAAAAACAGUUUUUUACAACAUUGUUUUCUUCAGGAAAAACAAUUUAUAUUUGGGGAGAAAUUGAUGAAUUAAAUGAUUUUACUAAAACUGGACUAUUUACUCUUGAUCAAAUUCAACUAUCAAAUAAUAACAAUUUUCAAGAUGAAUUUAAAGAUUAUUGGACCAAGAAACAUCCUCAUCAAACACGAUCUCAACGUUCAACAAAUGAAUUACCAUGUCAAUGUGAAUCCUGUUUAGGCAUUAAUCCAACUGAUACAUGGUCUUUACAAAAUGCCGUCGCAUAUGAACUUCAUCAAUGGUUAGAUAGACGUUUUACUCGUUCAAGUUUUGAUAUCGGUCUUGAUCCACAAUUAUAUCAUUUUAAUACGAAUGAAAUCGAACAUCGUACACAACUUACUCGUUACGCUAUAUAUGAUUGUUUAUCAAUUUAUCAAUUAUUACUUAAAUUGAACUUAAUCAACAAUCCACAACAAUCAACAGUUACAUUAAUUACAUCAAUUGAAGAAAAUAUAAUUGAACAACAACCAACAAUCAUUGAUGCUGAACAGAUUUCAUCAGAUGAAUCAGAACCUGAACGUGAACCUCAACAAUACAACUUAUUAUCGGAAGAAGAACGUAAACGAAUACACAAUCGUUCAUGUACACUGAAACAAAGAAAACGUUAUUAUCAAAAUAAAAUUAUAAUUAAUAAUAUUGACCGUCGUUUUACAAUCAAACAAAUAAAAGCUAUUAUUCGAUCUUACGACGUUCCAUUCUUUGCUGUUAAUUUUUCAACAUCAUCGACAACAAGACAACGAUCAUUACACAUCGGCAUACGAGAUUCAUCACAAAUUGAUCAUUAUCACAAUUGUAUAAAACAUUUAUUUACAACAUCUCAUUUUAAUGAAUUUAUAUCUAGUCAACGAAAUAGAUCAUCUUAUAAAGAUGAUCGAACAAGGAGAUCGAAAUGA